AUGCAGCAGGUGCCAUUUUGUUUUAUCAACGGAAGGAGAUGGAUUACGAACUUGCAAGUCCUGGUGUGCUCUGUUCACUUUCAACCGAGGAACUCUUAACAAAAAUACAAGAGUGGGGCUUAGAUGUCACCGAAGCUGAAGCUCAGCGUUUCAGAGACAAUGAGGUUGAUGGUGACACAGUUGACUGCGGUCUUACUGAGACUAUGGUUGCAUACCUUUUCCAAGGAUCCUUCAAAAAGCAGGUUAAAUUCAACCAAUUUGUGUCAAGGAUGAAGGAAUCUUCAGUGACGCUGACUCUACAGACUGUCUCUCCAGAAGACUGGCAACCAUCUACUUCGUCAACUUCAAUAAGCAAUGAAAAUACUUUGAGACUGCCAGCCUCUUUUGAAAUUCCAAGAUUUCCCAAAAAUCUGCAACUAAAACUGGACAACAAAGAACCGUGCCAUAAAAAUCCAAGGGACAGACACACAAUAAUCAGAGUUCUAUAUGAAGCUGUGGCACAGUAUACUAUGUAUCCCACAAAUUCUGAAUAUGUGCAAGCUGUGAAGACGCUGGUAAUGAAGUACCCUUUCCUCAAGGAUCGUGAAGGAAAUGGUUAUCACACAUGGCAUAUGUCUUUGAGACGUAAAUUCAAAUCUGAGCGGGCACCACUAGUCGACAGUGAGGCAGUGAGGCGUUGUAAGGAGAAGUUUGGUUCUACGAGGAGAGGGCAGCCUAAUAAAUGUCAACGAACAAGUCAGAGAAAUGUUUGUCAGGGACCAUGUGUCCAAGGAGAGGAUUUAUUAUCCAUAGACGCCCACUUAAAGGUCUUACAGUGCCAAUAUCAGAGGAUGCAACCCGAUACCAUGGUGGUUCAUAACCGUAUGCAGCAAACGUUUGCUUGGCGGCAAAAAGAGAUUGCAGAUGGUAUGCCUGUGGAGGAUGUGUUGAAGAAGUACCCCUUCUUAGGGAUGCCUACUGGUCUGUGCAACGAACUCGGGUGGAUCCAACCAACAACGGGUAAUGUAAGCCAGCGAUUUCGUGAAGGGCUCUCAUGUGUUGCAGCAAAGGUGAUUGACCUUACACGAGGGAAAACCCCACUCUACCAGCUCUACCUUGAUGCAAGAGAGGAGGCUCUCACUGAUGACCUACCAGAUCUUGACACAAGGGCUGCACUUUUAUUCCUGCCAUAUGUCUUCAAGGAGAAACUGGAUCUCUUUGUCAUACUUGGAGAGGUUCAUCCUAAAACCCCCUAUCCAACUGUUCAGCUACUUCAAGAAGACUGGAAACCAGUGUUCUCCAGAAGCGCUCCAAACAUUGUGAAGUUGGAUGGCAGUGAAGUGUGCAGAACCUCGUGUAUUUUUGAAGGAAUCAUCUCUUCCUUCUGCUUGUAUUUUGUCUUCAACCUUGCUUACCCAAAACAUCUGAAGAACACCCUGAUUUUUCUCCAAAAGUACAUUGUGAAAAUAGAUGAGGGUGAGGACCAGCCUCUGCCAAUCACAGUGACCAGACAAAUAAAUCUUCUGUAUUGACCACCAUGCCUCAGCCAUAUCAGUGCUCCAAAUGUGGCAGAAGAACCUUUAGUUUGACAAAGCUUAUUCAGCACAUAGGACUUAUUCAUUCCCAUGAUGACAAUUUUGAUAUAACUUGUGGACUCAGUGACUGCUGUUCUUCCUUCAAAAAAUAUGAAUCUUUCAGACGACAUGUGUAUAGGAAACACAGAGAACAGGUGUUGUGUCCCCAUAAAGACUUGGAUGAAAAUGAGCAGGAGGCAGUCAGUCCACACCCAAAUGAAUUUGCAAAUGACAUAACUGAAAAUAUUGAAACCCCUCCAUCCUGGGAUGAAUUUUUGAUAAAUUUCAGAGACAAUCUUUUCAAGUUCAUUCUUA